GGUUCCUUGUUCAAAGAGGAAGCCAAGUGUGUAACGCUGUUGCUCCGUGUUAAUAAUAAUAAAAAAAAAACAUAAUAAAACUAGUUUAUGUAUUGUUAUUAACCGAAGGCUUAUAAUGACUGAUGGGAAACCUUGUAAAGUGUGCAAUUUCACACGACAAACAUCUUACGGUGUGGUUGCUCCUUCACUGGAUGAGCUGAAAAGAAAAGGUUGUGAGUCACUUGGGUUCAGCCCAAGUGACUCGGUCAUGGUGGUCCUAGAGAACGAUGGGACCAUAGUGGAGGAUCAAGCCUACUUUUUGUGUUUACCUCCAAACACAAAGUUUAUGCUGUUAAACAAUAAAGAGACAUGGGCUCCAGCUCGCAGGAUUGAUGGUGGCACGGCUUGGAUGGCAAGGGAUUCUAUGAUGCUGGAAGCCGAUACCGUUGACGCCUCCAUUACUGCGGCACCAUGGUGGAAUCUGGCACUGCAGCUGAAGCAGGAACUGAACAGCAUAAUUCUCAUGUCUGAGGCAGAUCUGCAGUGUUUAGUGGACGCCCCAUGCUCUGAACUCGCCUCUGCUCUGGGCUUCCAAGAAACAAAGGCUGAGGAACUUCAACAGACGUUGCAGCGGGUUCUGGAUCGAAAAGAGGAAGAAAGGCAGUCCAAGGCGCUGCUCCAGCUUUAUCUCAAAGCUGUGGAGAAAGAGGACAAACAGCAGGAAGAACAAAGCCAGCCCAGCCAGGAAGCCAUAGAUGUGGAUUUACCAGAUGGAAUGGAGGUGGACUCUGCCUCUGGAUUCACGUCCAGGACGCUAAUGGUCCUGAAAGGCAAAACAAGUCCUGAGACCAGGCUUGCCACGGAGGAUCUGCAGAUGGUAGUAACAAAAGGACCAGAAGCUAUGCAGCAGGUACUGGGCUGGGACACAGCGAGGACGUCUGCGCUGCUUCAGGCCUGCGAGGCUCAACUGUCCGUGCGCCUCCAGCAGAUUCAGGCCAUGCAGUCCAUCAGCAACACACAGCCGGGUGGCAGCAGAGAGUCUACAAAUGCAACAAGCACAGAGGAGGCUGCUAAGAUGUCUGCCCAAGGGAGCUCCUAGGCUGAGGCUUCACCUGAGCAGACUGAUAAGGAUUCACACUACCAGCCUCAGGGUCAGUAGAAUGAGAUUUGCUCUGUAUUACAGCUGGAGUAUAGCAAUGUUAAGGAUGUUCAUAUUUUUAUCAUUUUGAGAGGAAAAAAAUGUGGUGCAAAGCACUCGAUCACUUCAUGCCUCAAGAAGAAGCAGGGUGAGUUGGGCAAACUCUUUAUCAAGCUAUGGUGGCACGGACCACUUGGAUCUGCUUCCCAUCAGCUUUUAUUUCUGAUGAUUGUCAUGUUAUAAUUACAGAGGAACACAUUUAUGUGGAACGUAUCAAAUUGGUAGCCAAUGAGCUUAGUUUAGCAUUUGAGCAGGAAAUA